AUGACGUUUGUCUCGGCCGUGGUGUUGCUAUGCCUGGCCUGGGGAGCCCGCGGUGGCGACCCCGUCUUCGACCCCAGCACUCUGAUGAGGCUGGUCCUGGUGCCAGCAGAUGCUGCAGUCGGCUCCGUCAUCUACCGGGUGCGAGCUUCGGACCCUGACUUCGAUUAUCCAUUGCAUUUUGAGCUGAUUGGUCAAUGGGGUCGUCUCGACAUAGGCGUGGAAACGCUGCCCUGCACGCGCUACAACUCCGUCUGCCAAGCCAACGUCAUCUUGCUGAGAAGGCUGGAGCCUGGACGAUACGUGGACUUCAGGCUGUCAGUCAGAAACACCAGGGGAAGAAGCUCUUGGAUCGCCUGUUCUAUAACCGGGACCAACGCCACUACACCCAGGGAGAAGAUUUUCCCUCAUCAGCCGAGCAUUGUUUUAGUGCCAGAGGACGCCAAACGGGGAACCGAUCUGGAGAUCGUUAUUGCGCGGAAGACCCCUUUGUCACCGAAGCCCUUGGAGUUAGAACUGUGGGGUUCACCUCUCUUUGCCAUAAGACAGCGUCGGGUCUCCACGGAAAACACCGAGGGCACCAUAUUCUUGGUCGGACCGCUGGACUUUGAGGCUCAGUCGAUGUAUCAUCUGACAUUACUGGCUGUGGACCCUUACGUGGAAGUCGGCAAGGACACCCGCAACAUCGCUGGCAUAGAGGUAGUGAUCGUGGUGCAGGAUGUACAGGACAUGCCUCCGGUCUUCACGUCAGCGCCGCCCAUCACGCACCUGCCGAGACAGGUGGCGCCGGGUGAUGUUGUAGUCAAGGUCCGUGCUGAAGAUGGUGAUAAAGGGGCUCCGAGGCAAAUCAGAUAUGGUUUGGUGUCAGAGGGCAAUCCGUUCACGCCGUUCUUCAACAUCAAUGAAACAACUGGUGAAGUGACCUUAGAGCGGCCAGUGGAAGAAAUCGCAGCAAUCUCCCACGCAGGGACUCCAAUCCUCCUCACGGUGGUCGCUGAGGAGGUCCGGUUGUCCAGAGAAGAGCCCGAAGCCAUGUCCUCGACAGUCCAGCUCGCUUUCAUUCUACCAGAAAGGGAGAAUUCGCCGCCAUAUUUUGAGAAUCAGUUCUACAUCAGCUAUCUGGAUGAGAACGCUCCUCAAGGAACAGCUCUGACUUUCAACGACCCUUACAUCCCACAAGUAAACGACAAUGAUGCUGGAAAAAAUGGCGUCUUCUCUCUCACACUCGUAGGGAAUAAUGGGACAUUCGAAAUUUCCCCUACAGUGGCUGAGAGACACGCUCAAUUUAUUAUUAAAGUAAGAGAUAAUACGAUGCUGGACUUUGAGGCUCGCAAAUCAGUGGUAUUUCAGAUAUUAGCUCAAGAACUUGGUCCAGCAACAAACCUUUCAGUUACUGCCAAUGUCACAGUUUAUCUGAACGAUGUAAAUGAUAACCCUCCUGUGUUCUUAGCCCAGUCUUAUGAUGUGGAACUACAAGAAAACGUAACAGCUGGUACAAGGGUAGCACAAGUUGCAGCUGACGAUGUUGAUACAGGAGUAUUUGGGAAAAUUCAAUACACUGCCAUAUUAGGAUACCUAAAUACAUCCUUAUAUUUAGAUCCUAUUACAGGGUUAAUAACAGUGGCAACAAACAAUCACGGCUUCGACCGUGAGGCAAUGCCAGACUUGCAUUUUUUAGUAGAGGCUAGAGAUAAUGAUGGAGUAGGUUUAAGAGUAACAGUGCCAUUAAUUAUUAAGUUAUUAGAUGUAAAUGACAACCCACCAGAAUUCGAGAGGGCGUUGUACGAGUUUGUACUGACACCUAGCUUAAAUAAUUUUACGUCAGCGGCUAUUGUUAAAGCAGUUGACAAAGAUGCAGAGCCACCAAACAAUAUAGUCAGAUAUGAAAUUAUACAAGGAACUCCUGAUGGGAAAUUUGCUAUAAAUGAUGAAACAGGUGAACUGUAUCUUUUAGAAGCUUUAAAAAGAACAAAGAAACAAAAUGUACAUAGACAAAAAAGACAGUUUAAUUCUCAAGAAGAUAACGAUGUCUUUAUGCUGACAGUAAGAGCUUAUGAUCUUGGUGUUCCAAGAUUGCAAUCAACUACUUCAGUAAAGAUUUACCCACCUGAAAGUAAAACAAGGACGAUGUCUUUUAUAGUACCAGGUGCCAAUCCAGAUAGACAAAAAUUAGAAGAAGUACUUAGUACGUUAUCUGGCGGUAAAGUUACUAUAAUUGACAUUAAGCCAUAUAGAGGGAGAGAAAAUGGUGCUACAGAUUUAAGUGGUCAGGAUUCUAGUCAAGAAAAAAGCGAGGUUAUUGCUGUUGUAAGAAUGACAGAAAACACAGCUAUUAAUGUAGCUAAACUUCAAGAACAACUCGCUAAAAAUGUCACAAUAUAUUCUAAUGGCGCUGGUUCAAAUACAAACUCUAUAAAAGUACCCAAUGGCGGAGGUACUACAACCCAAACUGGAUCAAAUGGUAUUAAUCCCAAUACCGCUAUUGGUUUAGAAAACACCAAUGGAGGAAACAAGAAUAAUGCAGCUACUGUUGAUAAUAGUGAUUCUGGAUUAUACAGAGCUGAAAGCCGUCUUCUAUUUUGGUUGUUAAUAUUAUUGGCAAUAUUAGUUGCUCUUAUUUUAUUACUACUCAUAUGUUGCUGUAUUUGUGAAGGAUGCCCUCUUUAUAUGCCACCAAGGAAAAGAGUGAUACGUGUCAACUCCACAGAGGACGACGUGCAUUUAGUGGUACGCGACAAGGGACUUGGGAGGGAAAACAAGUCGACGCAAAAUUUAGAAAACAAAUCUAUACAAGCAACUGAAUGGAGAAGAAGGGAGGCUUGGAGUGCCGAACAGGCAGACUUGAGGACGAAACCGACACAAUGGAAAUUUAACAAAAGAAACUAUAGAUCAAAAGACCCACAUUCUAAACCGGCAUCUACUCCGGGUGACCUGCGACAAGAAUUUGUUCAUGCUGCAGAGGACAAUGAUUAUAGAUAUAAUAAUGAGAGACAAUCUUUUCGAAUGAGAGAUGGUCCUAAUGUUAUAUACACUAAAGAAAUGCAGCUUCAGGAAGCUUUUUCUAAUAAACACAAAGAAUACAUAGAAGAUUUGGAAAAUGGGUAUGACAGGAUAGCUACAUUACAUUACCAACAUAGAGAUCCCGAUAACGAUUCCAUUCGCAGACACGAAAUAGACCGGGGAUCUGAUGUCGGAGUCUUCCACAAGUCUGAUGUUGACAAAAAUAAUAAAGAUAAGGCUGAUAAUAGAGUUGAUGUGGAAUAUCAAGAGAAAGGACGUGCUCCAUCUUCACUUGGCAGGGAUCAAUAUUUCAUUAAAGAAGGCAAUACUGAAAUCUUGCGACUAGUAACUCGAGGAAAAAACGAGGAAGAGAGAUAUGUAAAUUUAUCUGUAAAUCAACAAAGACCAGUUACUCUUAUUCCUCAAACGCAGUAUGUUGUAGUCGACAGUGGAAAAGACCUUCUUAUGGAGAGAUUUAUAAGGGAACAAGGAGAAGAAGCUAAACAUAUCAGAGAACAAAUGGGUAAAGUUACUACUGACUUAGAUAACGUAUUAGAUGAUAAAGAUGGCAAAGUGUAUGCACAGAAGUCUCAAUUAAUAAGUGAUGCCCCAAAUCAAUAUCAUGAAUAUUCCAAUAUCCCUCCUGAAGUUCCAGGAGCGAUUCCAUUAAGGACAGAAUACUUACAAAAUCUUUUGCAAAUGCAAAAUAAAUCUUCGAUCAAUCAAGAACUGUUAGAGUCAUCUCUCAGAAAACAAAAUGAACUUCUUCAUCAAAUACUAAUUGAACGUGAAAGAUUGCUGCACAACCAAGAAACAGCUUCACAGGUUGAAAGUAAAUUAGAAACUCAGAGUUUACCAGGACACUCUGUAAUGGCUACUCAAACCGAAUGUCAUAUUGGAACACAAACAGAGCCACAGCUUCUUAAACCCUCUAGAAGAAAAGCAAGAAGUGACAAUGAUUCUUAUAGUGAAGAUGAGUCGCAAAUGGUAGUAGAAGAUGAAAAUAAAAAAGUAGCAUGGCUUAAAAGAAAAAAACCUAAGAAAAAAGUAAAAUACAAAGAUCCACGAAGAAGCAUUAGAGUAUAUGACUUAAAAAGAAAGAUAAAGACCCCUAUCAUAGAAGAAAGUGAGGCUUCGCCUUCAUUGGAAAGUGAAAAACAUGUAAAAAUAAGUAAAACCAAUGAAAGAGAAGAAUAUGUUAAAAAGUACGGCGAUAGAACUAAAAGCACGGUUACAACAUCUAAAAACGAGACAGUUUGUUCUACUCAAAUCAAACUAAUGGAUGAUGAUAGAAAACAAAAACUUCGUAAGGAAAUUUUAAUGGAAAUAUCUGACUCUUUAGAUGAGAAGGUAAAUUCUGCUAGCAGUGAUAAAAGACAACGAUUGCAAAGGCAAUCGCCGGUUGAUGAAUCUCCAAAAAAAGUCUUGGCUUUAGAACAUGAGAGUAGUAAAGAUAGUGAAAGUAGAAGUAGAGGAAGUUCAGCAUUAAAAGAUCAAAGAAAUUUAAUAUUUUCUCGUCAAGGCUCUUCAACGGAGGCUCGAGAUAAUGCAGAUAUGCCCGUUUCGAAAUUGAAUUUAUCAGAUGAAGACGAAUCGGCUACAAAAAAGGAUAGUUCAAGCGCUGCAGAAUCAAAUAGUAAAAAAAUAGAAGAAGGAAAUGAAUCUAUAAAAUCAUCAGACAAUUCUAAAAAUGCACAAAAAAGUUUGCCACGUUAUAUGCAGUGGUAUGGUAAAAAAUCAUCUAGCGCUUCUGCUGCAAAACCAACACCGGAGAAGGUAGACAAAACUGCACCGAGUAAACCCAAACGGCCCUCUAAAUCAAAAAACGAAUCUGACAAAGAAAUAUCAAAAGACGAGAAAACUGGUAGAUACGGGAAAAUCAUGAUUAAAGACGAGGCAAAAAAAAACUUCAAAGAAAAAGAAAGUGAGUUUAUUCACCCGCGCCUUUUAAAAGAAGAAAAAGUUACACCCGUUCCUGAAGGACCGCUUCCUGAUGUCCAUCCCUUGUUACAGCACUCCGAACAUAGAUAUGAACGUCAAUAUGAAAAUCAGAACCCCCUGUGUUACAUACAACCUACACAUAUCCCUAAAUAUUUAGGAGCAAAGCCGAAUAUUCCUGCACGCCAAUCAUUGGAACAACAACCAAUUUACGUAAACCAAGAUGAUGUGAAAAAGGAAGAUAAAAGCCAGGACAUAUCUGAAAGUGCUUUGACUCACAGUAUUUCUAUUUCAACGAGUUAUGAACAAGAUGUCAAAACAAUGCCAGAGGUUCACGUUUCUAAAAUAAAUAUCGGCGGUGAACCCAUACCUGAAGUGAGGAAUAUUGGUAAAAUAGAUGACAAUGAUUCAGGCAUCGCUAUGAACACAUUGGUCCAACAAACUGGUAAUUUCAAAAGGUUACCGAUAACGGAGAAGAAGAGUAUAUUCACAAUUGCAUAUGAUGAUGUCCAGACAAAACAAUUACGACCUGAUAGUAGUUCGACGUCGUAUUAAGAGAUUUGUAUCAUAUAAAUAUUUUCAUCAGUAUUGUGCCUUAUUGUUGGUUAAAUCAUAUUAAUGUUACAAUUAAUUAUUAAAAAUACGAGACUAUAUUGUAUGUAAUAUUCCGUCCAAUUCUUUAAAUGCCUUUGUAAAUAAAUUUUAGGAUUGACGAAUUAACUGCCUUUAUUUCACGACUGGUAUUAUUUAGAAGUAUUAUUUUUGUGUAAAUAUAAAUGAUGUUAAAAUAUAGUUAUUAAAGAAUAUUUAAAUUAAUUUUAGCCAUAUUAAUGAAUACUCGUGUAAAUACUACCUAGGUACUUUUUA